UUCCAGCAGCGGCUUCAUUCCUCCGGCAGACCGGAGCAGAGACGGACGGUCCGAUCUCCGGAGCGUCGCUUCUUCUUUCCCCAUUAAAAAAAAUAUUUUAAAAGAAACAACCUGUCAGAGUCGAAACAAACUCACAUUUUCUCUUUUUUCCCCCUUUUUCUUUUUGCACCUGAAGGACAAAUGACGCAAGAAAACCCGAGAGAAAGAGGAAGAAGAUGAAGCGUCUCUUCAUCAGCCAGCCGGAGACGAACAGCUGCCAGUGAGCUUUUAUCAGAGCAGGCCAUGGCUGCCCAUCGAAUCAUCAGAGUGACGAACAACAACCACGUCCUCCCUCGCUGCAAGUCUGAAGGGACGCUCAUCGACCUCAGUGAAGGGGUCACCGGAGCCAGUCUGAACGAUGUCAAAGUGCCUUCUCCCAGUGCCUUAAGGCUGGACACUUCAGCCUCCUAUGGAGCUGCACAGGAGGUGGUCGCCAUAAAGGAUUAUUGUCCAAGCAGCUUUACCACGCUGAAAUUCUCCAAAGGCGAUCGCCUUUAUGUGCUGGACACGUCAGGUGGAGAGUGGUGGUAUGCCCACAACAACACAGAAAUGGGAUACAUCCCAGCCGCCUACGUCCAGCCGGUCAACUUCAGGAACUCUUCGCUUAGUGACAGUGGGAUGAUCGACAGUCUAGGGGAGGGGUAUGAGGACGGGUCGAAGGAGUUUGGAGGUCUCGGGGAGUGGACGGGAAUGAGUCUGAAACCCUCCACGAUUUACAACAGUCCUUUCUCUGUGAACCCCUUUAUCUGCCCGUUAGAUCAAAAUUGCAAAGAUAUAGGUGUGAGGAACUCUGCGGAUCUUAUUGUCUUUGACGCUCUGGCAUCUCCUUCAUCCUGCACUGACUUUAACACUGGUACAAUCAUGAGUAAUGGGUUCAGCAGCUACCAUAUUAACAACACCAAUCCCACCAGCCCCAUCCAAGAGAUUGGACCUAACCUUCACAGGGAUAAUCCAUUUUUCAGGAGUAAGCGCUCCCACAGUCUGUCAGAACUGUCUGUCCUGCAGGCGCAGGCAAAUCCAACAUUACCUUCUUCUGGGUUCUUCACGGGCCUUAAGGCUCCAGCGCCAGAGCAGUUUCAGAGCAGGGAGGACUUCAGGACCGCUUGGUUGAACCACAGAAAGCUCGCCAGGUCUUGCCAUGACCUCGACUCUCUGGGUCAGAGUCCCGGAUGGGGCCAGACACAGCCGGUGGAGACCAACAUAGUGUGCAGGUUGGACAGUAAUGGAGGGGUUGUUCAGCUUCCAGACACCCAAAUCAACGUACACAUCCCUGAGGGCCAUGUUAGCCACGGAGACUACCAGCAGAUCUCCAUGAAAGCCUUACUGGACCCUCCUCUGGAGCUCAACAGUGAUCACUGCUCUACCGUCAGCCCCGUGGUGGAGAUCAAGCUCAGCAACAUGGAGACCAAGUCCUUCAUCACGCUGGAGAUGAAGGUGUCGGUGGCUCUGAAGAAAGAGAGUUGCCACUCUGCUGAAGUGCUUUGUGUUCGAAGUGAUUGCAAAGAAGGGCCUUACACACCGAUCCCUAAUGCUUACAUUUACAAGGACACCGUCCAGGUGCAGCUGGACAGUCUGGAGCCUUGCAUGUAUGUGGCUGUUGUGAUCCAGUCGCAGUAUGUCAGCCGCAAUAUGACUGUUUGGGACCAUGUACAGAGGAAAGUAACUCUGGGUGUAUAUGGACCGAAGCACAUUCACCCUUCAUUCAAAACUGUUGUGGCCAUGUUUGGGCAUGACUGCGCCCCCAAAACCUUGCUGGUGAAUGAGGUUGGCCGGCAGGCUACCUCGACCCCGCCGGUGGCCCUCCAGCUUUGGGGGAAGCACCAGUUUGUGUUGGGAUACCCUCAGGACCUCCAGGUCGGAUUGUACUCCAACAUGUCCAACUACCAGGUGAAGGCGAGCGAAGGCGCCGGGGUGGUUCGUGGAUUUCAGGUAAAACUGGGGAAGGUCAGCAGGCUCCUGUACAUGAUCACGUCACACAACCCCAGCAGCAUCUCCGACUUCACUCUCAGGGUCCAGGUGAAGGACGCCCUCGACUGCAUCCUCACCCAGUUCUGCGUCCAAACUCCGCAGCCGCCGCCAAAGACCGGAACGAGGAUUACAGGCCAGAGGAGGUUUCUGAAAAAGAAAGAGGUGGAUAAGAUCAUUCUCUCGCCGCUGGCUGUCACCUCCAAAUACCCAAAGUUUCAGGACAGGUGUAUUAUGAACCUGAAAUUUGGCAAAUUGAUCAAAACGGUGAUCAGGCAGCACAAGAGUACGUAUCUAUUGGAGUACAAGAAGGGGGAUGUUAUUGCUUUGCUCAGCGAGGAGAAAAUCAAACUGCGAGGGCAGCUGCGGACCAAAGAGUGGUACAUUGGAUAUUAUCAGGGGAAGAUGGGGCUUGUCCACGCCAAGAAUGUUUUGGUUCUGGGUAAAGUCAAGCCUAUUUAUUGGUGUGGUCCGGACCUAACCACCACAAUGCUGCUGGAGCAGAUCCUGAAGCCUUGCAAGUUUCUCACCUACAUCUACGCGACAGUGAGGACGGUUUUAAUGGAGAACGUGGGUAACUGGAGGGCGUUUGCUGACGCAUUGGGAUAUGGGAACCUGCCGCUGAAUUAUUUUUGUCGGACUGAGCUGGAGAACGAGCCGGAGAAGGUGGCGUCGGUCUUGGAGAAGCUCAAAGAGGAGUGUACCAACAUGGAGAACAAGGAGAGGAAGUCCUUCCAGCGGGAACUAAUGAUGGCGUUGCUGAAGAUGGACUGUCAGGGUCUGGUUGCCAGGUUGGUCUUGGAUUUCGUCCUGUUGACCACGGCGGUGGAGGUGGCGUCCCGGUGGAGGGAGCUGGCCGAGAAACUGGCCCGGGUGUCCAGACAGCAGAUGGAGGCUUAUGAGGCUCCACAUCGCGACAAGAACGGCCUGCUGGACAACGAGUCCAUGUGGAAACCGGCCUAUGACUUCCUGCUGACGUGGGCCGCCCAUGUUGGCGACAGCUACCGAGACAUAAUCCAGGAGCUGCACCUCGGUUUGGACAAGAUGAGGAACCCCAUCACCAAAAGAUGGAAGCACCUGACCGGCACGCUAAUCCUGGUCAAUUGCCUCGAUACCCUCCGUAGUGCCGCCUUCUGUCCCACUGGAUAUGGAGACUUUGCCGUCUGACCAUUUUGAAAGUUUCGACUCUUCAUCUUGUGGUGGAGGUUUCUGGGGAUCGGUACUUUUUGGUUCAAGACGGUACUGAGGACACCAUGACCGGGAUGGAUGUACAGUUUUUGGUCAGUCGGAUGACUCUUGAGGCUUCCCUCGGGUUUUGAUCUUCAGGUUGGAUUUGUUUCUUGUCUGGAGUCUUGGAUCUGCUUGGUGGCAGCAAUUAUUGGUUCUUAUUAAGCACUGCAGAUAGAAACACCAUGAUUCUAGCACUGGAAAAGUCAAUGUGAGACGAGAUCAUCUGCCUCUUUGUGUUUUUUUACCCUCUAUGUUGUUCUCUUUCUCUCUCCAUCUCACUUUCUCUACCUCUGCUCUUUUUUUUGUCUCUUCUCUACCUCACCCUUUUGUCCUUAUCACUUUGUCUUUUGAUGGUGUUCUCUAUUAAAUCCAGUCUGUUUUUGUAUUUCUACCUUGUUUCCAUUUUGGUUCAGCAAAUUGCAUUUUCAGAUAUUUGUCGUCGUUGUUUCCGUCGCUGUAUAUUUCCUUCGUUCACCCUCAGGACAACAUCAGAGACCUCAACCACUGCAGUACAGACCUGUGCAUACUGUGACAUUUCCACCAUCCUUAUAAUUUGAUUUAAUCCCCAAACAGAACUGACUGUGUUCUUGAUCUUGACUGUUUGCAAGGCAAACUUUAUACAUAAACAACUUCUGUCUCCAUUUUUGAUGGACAGUUUUUAGUCUUUGACUGACUGUCACUCACAUUGUUUUAUAAAAGAAGAAACUGUGGAUAUUUAAAAUGUCUUCAAUCAGAAUGAAUUUUCAAAAAGUGUUUCGUACAUGAAGAGUUUGUCAGUGAUUAGCUUGCCAAAAAUGGUUAGUCCAAUGCUAACAUCACAUUCAGUAAAGAUACUUUAUAUCUGUUGAUGCAAGAUAUAACUAUAUUUUUAUACUUGCAGCUAAUAUAUUAUCAGCAGUGUUGGGUUUUCUGAGAUUGGAUUUUCUUUUAGUGUAAUCAUUUUUUCAUCAAGAUGAAAUGGAAAAGUUGGACAUUUGAAAGUCAAAACUCCAGUCUUGCAGUGUUGAGUUAAAAACGCCUUUUUUAGUUGAACACCAAAAUCCAGUUCUCAGUUCAAAGAUGAUGCUACAGACUCCAAAAGACUGUUAACAACCUAGUAGGCUAGCAUGAAAUAUGUGCAAAUACCAUUAUCUAGAAAAUAGAACUGCUCCCUGCAAAUGAUACAGCUCUAGCAGCAAGUUACUUUAAAGUAUAACUUUGAUUUUACCUGGAGAAAUUAGCUAGCAAUGCUAAUGAUGCAACUGUCUGACAAAGUCAGUAGCUAAAAAUACACUGUUAACUAGCUCAUAAGCUAGCAUGAAUUAAUUGCAAGUUCAAAAUACUUGUACCAUGGAUAUAUUAAUUUAUCAAUAAUUAUGUCAUGAAGACAUUUCUGAAAUGUAUUUCAAAAAUGAUAAACAUGGAAUUAAUGCAUACAGUACACAACACUAUAAUGAGGAUUGUCUGUGUUAGCUGGUUGAUCAGCUAGCAAAGAUUACGUACCCUAUUUCUGUUUUACAGGUUUCAAACUGUUAUACAGACAGAUUAUUUUGUCACUUUUUAUGUCGUGAAAACAGCAUAAAUGGCAACAUGGACACUUACGUUUUUAUUAAAUAUCAAAUUCUGAUCAUUUGGGCAGUUGAUAAUGCUACAUCUUGCUAGCAACAUGUAGCAUUAGCAAGCCAGCUUGGAUUUAUUGCAUUUCUUCCAAGCACAACUUCAGUUUUCCACAUAUAAAGCACCUGCUCAAACAGCAAUGUUUCAUUUUUUAGACAUGAUGUGCAGAAGACAUAACUGAAAUGUAUUUCAGAACAACAAACACAACAUGCAAGCUACUAAAAUUACUGUCUGACAUUUCCAGAACAGACCAAAAGUAUAAUUAUUUACAUUUUGCACCUUUUGCCAGAUGAAUCAGAACAUAUUUAACUUGGAGACACAUCAACUUUUAGAGCCGGACUAAAUCUGUGUGAUUUUUUUUUUAUUUAAUUUUUUUUGUUUAUGAAAAGAACUGUGAAAAGUACACAUCAAAAGUUUUUGUUAAAAUCAGAUUUGAAAAGCCUUUUUGUUUAUCAUUUUGUCAUAUCAACGAGGAUUAUCCGUCAGCUUUGAUGCUAUUGAUUGAUGCUUGUAUUGUAUAAUUUGUGUUUUCACUUCAGGCUUUUUCUUGCUUAUGUUCUCUGUUUUUGUGACUGCUGCAGUGUUUGGAAUAUGAAUCUGAACUGAACAGAAAACACAUGAGGAGUUUAUAUAUUUGUACCAAACGAGUAUUGACACAUUCGUAAGUGAUGCUGUUUCACCUGUGAGACGUCGCAGAUCUGAAAUCUGUUCAGUGUUUCUGUUCAGAAAGUAUAAAUAAAACUGAAAACUUAAAAAAAAUGUGACAAAUGACCCUAAGCAUGUAUGUGCAGAUAUUUUCUGCAAAUAUAAUGAACUCUCUGAACUCCAAAACUCACUGGCAGGUUUAAAAGACAUGUUAUCUUUAAAAAUAAAUGCCAAAAUUACACCAUUUAUCUGAGCUAAAAGCUGUAGAAACCAAGAAAAUGGUGAGAUUUAGCAGCUCCUUUGGUAAAAUAUCCAAAUCUAAGCUUUAAAAUUACUGUUUUCUUCAUGUUACAUUCAUAAAUCUGCCAAAAAAAUGCGACUGAAACUUGUCCAAAAUUCUUAAGUGUCCAUCAUGACUAUAAAUCUGGCAUUUUAAACACAUUUCAAAUAAUUUUUGACAUUUUUUCCAGUCAGUUUAGACCUUUUUGAAUCGUUUUUUUUAACUAGUUUUGUGCUAUUUUGGUCAGAUUUCAAAUUACUUUGUAAAUUUUAGACUUGAAGGACAAUUAAACUUACUUGAUCAACAAUAUAAAUGACCAUGGCCCAAAAACCGUAAAUAAAUGAGCAAGUUGUUGGAAGACACAUGCAGCAUGGUGAAACAUCUUUCUACGGCUGAUGUGCAGAGACUCAAAACUGGACUCAGAGUUGUCCAAAAUGACUCAAAUUGUCCAUAAUUACUGAAAAUCUGUCAUUUUAAACACAUUUUGAGUCAUUUAACAAUGUUUCAAGUCAUUUUGGACAAUUUUUGAUCCAUUAUGACAAUUUUGUAGUUGUUUUUGAUAAAUUUGAUGGUAUUUUGGUCACAUAUAUUAUUUCUACAAUUUUACUCUGAAGGGACAGUUAAACUUACUGGAUCAAUAAAAUAAAUGCUGCAUGGCCCAAAAACAGUAAACAGAGGAAUAAGUUAUUGGAAGAUACAUUCCGCAUAGUGAAACGUCUUUCUGCGGUUAAUGUGCAGAGACUCAAAGGGAACUAAAACUUGUCCAAAAUGACUCAAAUCGUCCAUAAGGAAUGACAAUCUGUAAUUUUAAGCACGGUUUGAAUCAUUUUAAACACGUUUCAAGUAGUUUUGGACUGUUUUCAAGUCAUUUUACUCAUUUUUGCCAAGUAAAAUAUCUAUAAGUUAAAUUUUUCUUUUUAAAAUUGGAUAGUAAUUUACCAGUUUUAUUCUACAUAAAAGACAUUUCUGAGUUCUCUCUCCUUCUUCGUGGUUGUUCUGUUUCCACAGAGGUGGAAGCCUUUAUAUUGCAGAGAAAAAUGAACCAACAGUGAGCGCAAAUGUAACAGGAGUAAAGAAGCUGUUUAGGGGACACUGGAUCUGGAACAUGUUUUGGUUAGCGUAGCACAGCAAGUUAGUUAGCCUAGCUCAACUGAAAGUUUCACUGGAGCUUUAAUGUCUUAUUUUCUGCAUUACUGUAUGUUGACUACACAAGAUAAAGCUGUUAGAAGGUAUAUUUUUAUUCCUUCUGGAUGGCCCUUACCUUGCACUUUCGCUUUUUUUGCUAAGCUCUGCAAAACACAUGCAGAACUUAUUUCUAUGGUGCAAGCACAGAGAUGAAACUGACACCUGCUUUCUCAUCUGAAUUCACCAGUUAAACACAUCAAAACAUGUCGGAUGUUGCCGUUGACAAAAGCUGCAGUAAAAAGCUCAUGAAUUUG